AUGCCUCCUGUUUUAAACCCAAGGACCCCCGUAAAUGACCAAAUUAUAUCGAAAGAUAGCGGUCUUCAGGGGAUUAUUCCGGGAAACAUUAAACUAGUUUUUACAGAUACAACACUAAAGCGUGACAGAAAGAACCGUCUCAUUGUAGUUAGAGAGUCGAAUGGUGACUUAAGACAUGCAAAUCCUUCUGAACGUGAUCGUAUUAACCAAGUCUACUUUCCCUUGUCCGGUCGAAAGCUGUUUAUUCCUACGAUGUUUGAAGACAAACAGUUAGAUGCACUUUUAGAUCAAGGCUCAUUUUUGUACAUUUUGGAUAGAACAUGUGUUCAAUUUGAACCAGAUGACCCUAACUUUAGUCGGAUAUGCCAUCGCGUUUAUGAACGUGUGAACCAUUUAGCUUGGACUCCAUUUGAAAGAACCUCUCAAUCAACGGUCAGCAGUUUAACGAACCCAUUGCUCUCAUUAAGGCACACACGCCAUUACGGUCCCUUAGCCUUAUAUAUGAUUGCCCAAUUAGGUUCUCCUGGGCCACUUGUAUAUGAAACUCUUGCACAUCAACACUACGAUCGCUUAGGUUGGAUACUUCGUUUAGUUUGUCUCCUUAGACCCUCCAGUCCUUUUUCUGUUCAUACAAAGUCAAAUAUCGAUUUGAUACCUCCACCGAUACAGAAUGCUUUGAUUUAUACGACAGGUGUAUACAAACAAGAUAUGAGUACGUCAGAUAUUUGCAAGUUGCUGGAUUAUGUUGAACUUUUCAUCAAGCUGGAACCUUUAGGUGAAGACAAACGAGUCAUAUUGGGUGAUCAUCUUCUACAAGCUCGUCAAAGUAUCAACAUGAACAGAAGCACCGAGUAUAAUACUUAA